GUUGAAUACUCUGGUUUUGGUUGACGUUUGAGGUGAUGAAAACAAAAUUGGAGAAAUUUAUUCAAAAAGAAAACACAGUGAAAAUUACAAGUGAUUACAAGCAUCGCAGGCGAAAAACGUAAUUUAGCAAUUUGUUUAAUUGGAUGAUGUAUGGAUACCGAUAGAGCAUUUCAAGAUGCUGAAAUAUUUUAAGAAGCGAAAAGGGUUACGUUGCCGAGCAGCUGGGACAGACGAUCCUUUUGGAAAGUCAUGUGGCGAUCUGGCAGAAUUAGGAUUGGGUUACAGGGAAUCGGACAAUAAACGUCACUCCUUACAUUCAUCUUCUAGCUUUUGCGAUGAUGUACUAUCGCAAAUAAGUGCAGACGUUGACACAAUUGAUGGAGAUGAAAGUUCUUGUGGUAGAAGCAUAUUAUCAAAUGAUGAUAUUUUUCACUAUAAAUCUCGUCUGGCAAUGUCUAUUUCGUCAAUAGUAAGUGAUCCAAAUUGUCUCACCUACUUCGUGCAAUUUUUGGACACUAUGAAUGCACUCCCUUUACUCAAAUUUUACCUUGAUACUGAAAAUUUUAAAACUGCUGCACUUGGUUACUCUGAGGGAGAACAACUAAGUGGUGUACAAGGAACAUUAGAAUAUAAGAAAGAGUUACAGAAUUGUAAGGUAUUUAAAACAGUGGACACUACUCGAAUAGAUUUGGGAAAUGAAGAUGAAAUCAACGCUACAUGUACUCAAGAUGAUGAUAAAGUACCUGAAUUGAAAAGCUUUUACGAUUUAUCCAUGCGUCAGCCGCUCACAGAUGACGAAAAGAGUAAAAUUUAUGCCGAAACUAAUAAGCAAAUUCACCAAUGUGCUGAACACACGCGUGCGAUUAAUUUAAAUAGUGAAAAUAAGCCAUGCUCCGAUUCAGACAGUGUUCGAAAUGGUACUAAAACAAGCAUAGGUCCCGCUAGCGUCAAGGAUGCAAUUGCAAUAUACCAAAAAUAUUUAAUUGCGGAUGCGAAGCAGUUUAUAUCAUUACCUGUCGAUAUUUUGUCGGACAUAUCAUUAGUGUUAUGUCAACGAACUGAAAUCGUAAAAGAAAUGUCUACACCAAAUCAACCUGAAGUGGAAUCCAUGCCUACGAUUCCGGCAACAUGCUUUGUUGAAGCACAGCGUUACGUUUUGGAUCAUUUAGAAAGAGUGUACCUAAAUGAAUUUUUGCAAAGCUCUUUUUACGGCAAAUACAGUGUUGAAUUGAUAGAAAAUUGUAACCCACAAUUGUCAAUAUAUGAUAUUCUUUAUAGUGAAGCCACAUUAUUCUUCUUCAUGGAAUUUCUUGAACAACAUAAUGAACGUGAAUGCCUUGAUUUCUGGACAUCAGCCAUAAACUAUCGUAAGAGUUACAUACCUGCCGUUUCAGAUAGACAAAACGUCUUUGCUCAGGAAAAAGAUAAAUCUAACUUUAAAAACACUGCUCAAUUGGAAGCUCAGAGCGAUGCAAUGAUAAUCUACGAAAAAUUUUUCUCACUCCAGUCUGAAAAUCGUUUUUGGCUAUCAGAUCGGCUCCGAAGUCAAGUUGAAGAGCAUAUUUGCGCUGAUGAUCGAGUGGCAUACUGUUUUGAUUUACCUUUACAGUUGGUAGCGAAAUAUUUAGAACGCAAAUAUUUCCUAGACUUUCUGAAAUCGCAACUCUUUCAGAACUACGUAAAAGAGCUUAAGUUCAAAAUACGAGAAGUGGAUGUUUCGGCAACCUCAACGGAUGACGACAAAGUUACGUCUUCUGUUCCAGCUGGAGGGGUUUUUGGCAAAACACUCCAUCGAAAAACACUUUCAGAUUGUAGUGAUGAAAGCAAGCGUGAAGUCUUCAGACACAACACGUUGUUGGCAAUGGACGGUAAUAAGUUACCACAAACAAGAAUAAAAAGCAUUCCACAAGCGACAGGUACCGAUUUGCACAUUGACGCUCGUCAUUUAAUAAAUCCAAAUUUAUUAUGGCGUCGAUCUCAAUCAAUAGAUGGGGUAUCUCUUAAAUUUGGUCACAUUAACGAAUUAGGGCGCUACGAACGCGAUUUCGAAGCAGUUGAUGCUGUAGGGGCUGAGGCGGCUAGUGGUGGUAAACACAAUUGGCCGCUAAGACUAAGUGGCAACAAGAUUAAGAAUGCAAUGAGAAAAUUGGUACAUCUUCCUGAAGAAAGGGCUCAAGAAGAAAUUGCAUGGCAAGUUGCAGAAAUGAUAAUUAAGGAUGUGACAAGUGUAACUCUAGGACAAGAUCAAAUAAAUACCACUACAGCUAUUAACAACAAGAACGCAGGAAAAUAUUAGAACAUUUUAUUUACUAUCGCACUUUAAAUUGAUUCAGACAGAUAUGUUUGGUUUAUUGAAUCUCGAUUUACAUUCGCUAGUCAAAAUUUUUUAAAAAGAAUGCCCCAAAAGGUAUGUUACCAGUCAAAAAAAAUUUGUAUAGACUGUUAAUUUGCACAUCUGUGUCCACACACAUGUGCUUUUGUCUCAAUAUUCAGAAGAUCAGUAAAAAGCGAAUGUCGAAUAUACAUAUAAGAUGUAAUCAAGUUAAGUUAAUUUCAGAACAUUUAUGGAAUGCAAAGAGCUGAAAUGACAUUUUAUUGUAGUUUAUAUAAUUUAAAAUUAUAUAUUAUGCUGUUUUUUAUAUCUAUUCUUAACCAAAAGUAUACUCAUGUUUUUAUUGUAUUAAUUUUUUAUUUAAAUCGGUGUAUAGUUCUGUACUGCAAAGUGCAUAAUUAGUAAAUCAAGUAGCCAUAAAAAGAAUAUACAUUAUUCAUGUAUUUUCCCCCAUAUUUUAGAUACAGUUAUUGUGAUUCUUGUUGCGACCGCACAAAACAGUCGUUAACCGGAUAUAAAAUCAGACAUAUCCGGUUUCCUAUAUCUUUUAAUUGGUCAGUUUAAAUUGAAUUAUUAAUCAACAGUUGGUUAUUAAAAUAUUAUUAAUUAACUGUAGUAUACUAUUUUCUUAUAAAAUAUACUCGAAAAUGUGAAUAAAAAUCCGAUAAUUGAAUUUGCUACCUCUAGA